GUGGUGAAGGUCUUUUCCGGCGAAGUCGCCGAGGUAUAUCCGGUAUUAUUCGUAGGAGAUUGAUCAAACGUAAGCAAAAGAGAUGGCCCAAAAGGUUGAAGCACAAGGAGGAAAUGGAGGCAACCAAUGGGAUGAUGGAUCCGAAUACGACGCUGUGACCAAGAUUCAAGUCGCAGCAGACGGGAACGGAAUUGAAUAUGUUAAGUUCACAUACGUUAAGAACGGACAAACGGAAGAAGCCCCUCUACGCGGUGUCAAGGGCCGUAGUAUCGAAGCAGAUCCGUUUGUGAUAAACCAUCCGGAGGAGCACUUAGUUUCUGUAGAAGGUCGGUAUGACCCUGAAGGACUUAUUCAAGGGCUGAAGUUCAAUUCCAACAAGAAGACUUCUGAUCUCAUUGGAUAUGAAGAUGCUUACUUUGCUCCGUUGCCUAAUGUAAAUGCCAAAAAGCUAGAAGCAAAGGGUGGUGAGACAGGAGAUGUGUGGGAUGAUGGUGUUUACGACAAUGUUAGAAAGGUGUAUGUCGGGCAAGGUCAAUAUGGUAUAACCUUCGUCAAGUUUGAGUAUGUCAAUGGUUCUCAAUUUGAGAUUGAUGCGGAUGACUACAUCGUAUAUGUGGAAGGUUACCGUGAGAAAGUUAAUGAUAUGACCUCAGAAAUUAUCACGUUUCUUUCAUUCAAGACUUAUAAAGGCAAAACCUCUCAGCCUAUCAAACAAAGACCUGGGGUUAAGUUUGUGCUACAAGGUGGAAAAAUAGUUGGGUUUCACGGACGUUCGACCGACGUUCUACACUCCCUCGGAGCCUAUGUUUCUUUGUCGUCCACUCCCAAAUUGCAUGGAAAGUGGAGAAAGGUGGAGCAAAAAGGAGAAGGUCCAGGGCUAAGAUGCUCACAUGGCAUAGCACAAGUAGGUAACAAGAUUUACUCCUUUGGUGGUGAGUUCACACCAAAUCAGCCCAUCGACAAAAAACUUUACGUCUUUGACCUCGAGAGCCGGACUUGGUCCAUUUCUCCAGCCACCGGAGACGUUCCACACCUCUCUUGCUUAGGUGUCUGUAUGGUCUCAAUAGGAUCGACCCUCUAUGUCUUUGGAGGCCGAGACGCUUCACGCCAAUACAACGGUUUCUACUCAUUUGACACGACCAUAAACGAGUGGAAACUGCUAACUCCGGUAGAAGAAGGACCCACUCCUCGUACUCGUAGUUUCCACUCAAUGGCAGCCGAUGAGAACAACAUUUACGUUUUCGGUGGAGUGAGUGCUACGGAACGGCUCAAGACUCUAGACUCUUACAACAUCAUUGAUAAGAAGUGGGUUCAUUGUUCUUCUCCAGGAGAUUCCCUUACCGCAAGAGGAGGAGCAGGGCUCGAAGUGGUGAAAGGGAAGGUAUGGGUUGUGUAUGGAUUUAACGGAUGUGAAGUAGAUGAUGUUCAUUACUACGAUCCUGUUGAAGACAAGUGGACACUAGUGGAAACAUUCGGUGUGAGGCCUUCCGAAAGGAGUGUAUUCGCUAGUGCGGCUGUUGGGAAACACAUUGUAAUGUUUGGAGGUGAGAUUGCGAUGGAUCCACUAGCUCACGUAGGUCCCGGUCAAUUGACCGAUGGGACUUUUGCGUUAGAUACAGAGACGUUGCAAUGGGAGAGGCUGGAUAAGUUUGGUGGAGAGGAUGACACUCCGAGUAGCAGAGCAGGCCCGGCCCGAAGCAGAAGCCCAACAAGCAAGGGCUUCUGGCAGCAGAUUUUAUAAGAAAUUUUAGGGGCAUCAUUUACG